AGAGAGGAAAGAGAAUCCUCAUUCAUUUUUUUCUGCUCAUUUUCUGCAUAAGCCUUUAUCGUUUCUCUCAGCAGCAUUGGAGUCUCCUUUACUCCACACACACUCCACCAUAACAAACAUAUCUGGAUAUCCUUUCUCUUCUCUUUUUCACUCAACAUUUUCUCUUUUUUUCUUUUUAGCGGUGUGUGGGGGCACUGAGUUUGUUUUUGACUUAAUUGAUAGUACCUCACUUGAUUUUGCUUACUGAAAAGUGAAAACACAGUUGCAAAAAGAGCUAGAAAGAGAAGGAAGAAGCUAUGGCAGGAGGGGGAGCUCCAAAGUCAGAUGAGCCACAACCACAUCCACCAAAGGAUCAGCUACCCAAUAUUUCUUACUGCAUUACCAGUCCUCCUCCAUGGCCCGAGGCUAUACUUCUUGGCUUUCAACAUUUUCUUGUAAUGCUUGGUACAACUGUGCUCAUUCCCUCUGCUCUUGUUCCUCAGAUGGGAGGUGGCAAUAAUGAGAAGGCAAGAGUUAUCGAAACGCUACUUUUUGUAGCUGGUAUUAACACACUGCUACAAACACUGUUUGGAAGUCGACUGCCCGCAGUUAUUGGAGGCUCUUAUACCUAUGUUGCCACCACAAUCUCAAUUAUUCUUGCUGGUCGAUUCAGUGAUGAACCUGAUCCAAUAGAGAAAUUCAAGAAGAUAAUGAGGGCAAUCCAAGGUGCUCUUAUUGUUGCUUCGACUCUUCAAAUAGUACUAGGCUUUAGUGGCCUAUGGCGUAAUGUUGCGAGGUUCUUAAGUCCACUUUCAGCAGUUCCUUUGGUAUCUCUUGUUGGUUUUGGGCUGUAUGAAUUAGGUUUUCCUGGGGUAGCUAAAUGUAUAGAGAUUGGACUUCCGGAGCUUGUGUUGAUAGUAUUUGUUUCACAGUAUGUGCCACAUGUUCUACACAAGGGGAAACAUAUCUUUGAUCGUUUCGCUGUUAUAUUUACAAUUGUAAUUGUAUGGAUAUAUGCUCAUCUUCUCACUGUUGGAGGGGCCUAUAACAAUGCGGCACAUAAGACACAAAUAUCCUGCCGCACUGAUCGUGCUGGACUUAUUGAUAACGCUCCUUGGAUUAGAGUUCCAUACCCCUUUCAAUGGGGAGCACCUUCAUUUGAUGCAGGUGAAGCCUUUGCCAUGAUGAUGGCAGCUUUUGUUGCUCUUGUAGAGUCCACUGGAGCUUUCAUUGCAGUAUAUAGGUAUGCAAGUGCAACACCAUUACCACCAUCUAUUCUUAGUCGUGGUAUUGGUUGGCAGGGAGUUGGCAUUCUGUUAUCAGGAUUGUUUGGAACAGUUACUGGAUCUUCUGUAUCCGUAGAAAAUGCAGGUCUUUUGGCUCAGACCCGUGUUGGUAGUAGAAGAGUUGUGCAAAUAUCAGCUGGAUUUAUGAUUUUCUUUUCGAUUCUUGGAAAAUUUGGAGCUGUUUUCGCCUCCAUCCCAGCUCCCAUUUUUGCUGCCCUGUACUGCUUGUUCUUCGCUUAUGUCGGUGCCGGAGGAAUUAGUUUUCUUCAGUUUUGCAACCUCAACAGCUUUAGAACAAAGUUCAUAUUAGGCUUCUCUAUCUUCCUCGGCUUGUCUAUACCACAGUACUUCAACGAGUACACGGCAAUCAAUGGCUUUGGUCCGGUCCACACCGGCGCCAGAUGGUUCAAUGAUAUAAUCAAUGUUCCGUUCCAAUCAAAACCAUUUGUUGGGGGUGUUGUGGCAUAUUUCUUAGACAACACUUUAUACAAGCGAGAUUCUGCUAUAAGGAAGGACAGAGGGAAACAUUGGUGGGACAAGUACAAGUCCUUCAAAGGGGACACGAGAAGUGAAGAGUUCUAUUCACUACCAUUCAAUCUAAACAAGUACUUCCCAUCUGUUUAAUUGUGCAAAAGAGCUCAAAUAUAAGGUGGUUUCAUCUUCACCUUACUGGUGUCCGGUUCUCAUAUUGGAUUCAAUCUUAUUACACGCUAUAUAGCUACAUGAGGAGUCCAUUUUGUUAUAGCAUUUUGUAAAACAUUUUCUUAUUGCUGUGGUUUCUGUAAAUUAUGAUCAAGAAAGUUGAUUGAUGUAGUAAUUAACUUAUCUUUCCUUUUUAUUUAUGUCAUAUUCACUUUAUAA